CACCUCGAAUGCAAUGAGGGAGAAGCCGUACAGAAACAGGCUCUCAGUCAGGCUAAAUUUAGAAAAGCCUAUCGGGAAGGACGCAACUUGCUCCGAGUUGAGAACGCUCAGAAUGUCCGGUUAAGAUUCAGUUAAAAGUUUUAAGAACAAAACAAUGGCAGGGAAGCCAGUGCUUGUCAGCGAUGACUACAACGCAGCGUUUGAGCCCGAGACAUACUUGAGCACUUACUACAAUGACCCCUCUCCUAACCCAGUGGUCGGCGACAUGAUGACCUUCGGCCUGACCCAGUUUCACGAGGCUUUUGCUUCAGGAAACAUCAAGGGGAGACAACUGCUUGACUUUGGUACAGGACCCACUAUACACUCAAUCAUCAGCUCAUCUCAACACUGUGAAAGCAUCUUACUGGCGGAGUUCUCAUUGAAAAACAGAGACACCCUGAAACAAUGGCACAAUGGGGAGCUGAAACAUAGUUUUGCCAAAUUUAUUGACUGUGUUCUCAAACUGGAAAGAAAAGAGGAUUCUGUGUCUAACAGAGAAGCCAGCAUGAGAGAGAAAGUGUCUGGCAUCAUACCGUGUGACAUCCGAAAUGAGAACCCCUUUGCUCCAUGCUUCAUCCCCUCUGCCGACAUCAUCACAUCCUCCCUGUGCAUGGAAGCAGUGGCCUUGAGUAUUCCAGAAUAUGAAUCUUAUUCAGCGCGACUUGCUUCAGUCCUGAGACCUGGAGGACACCUAGUUCUUUUCGGCUGUGUUGGGGGAUCUUUCUAUACAAUUGGUAGCAGUCGCUUUUCCAGCUUUGGUAUGACCAGCUCAGAGAUACAGGCUGCAUGGACCAAAGCUGGUUUGGAGAUUGUAACCUGGAAGGAAGGUCGUCGACCAAAUCCAGAACAGAAGGAGAUCACAGAUAUUGAUGGAUUCUUCACUUUGGUAGCAAAGAAGCCGAAGGCGUAAAAACAGAAGUUAUUAAAUUUCAUAAAACUGAUAGAUUUAUUUUCCUAUCCAGAAAUAUAAAUUAUACAUCAUUAACAAACAGUACAUCAGAAAACGAAUUACCACCUAUUACAGUACGAUAUGUGCACUGUUUUGAUAGAUUUCAACAGGUUUUUCUGGUGUCCAUUGUCAAUAUUGUUCUAGACCUUGUCAUUAGUAUCAUACAGAGACUCUGUCAAUGCUAGAUUGAUAAACAUAAUAAAACUAGAAGUUAGAGUUAGAAGACAAACUCUCUCUCUCUAUCUCUCUCUCUCUCUCUCUCUAUUUACAGAGUGUGGCGUUAAACAACAACAAACACAACAUGAUGGGGGAUGCAGAAGUGAGGGAAGGGGAUCAGGGGUAAUAUUUAAUAUUUACCCCCGAGCGUCAGUCCGGAUCAGCAGUGUCUGGACUGAAGAGGUUUUACUGUUCCAUACUGGGUAACCUAUUUUCUGAUUACAUGUUGCCACAAAGAUAUUUUGAAAGAUAUGAUAUCAGCAACGAUGUUCGGGUCUUAAUUAAAUGUUGGGUUGAUUGGUGUAAAUAAAUGUAUAGAUACUUCUUGUAAAUCAUAUCCAAUAUACGUCUCAACGAACUCAACAUCUAUAUAGACCAAAUGUAAUGCUCAUGGCUGUAUGUGAUAUACUAAUAUAUCUUGUAUAUAAUAUGAUGUCAGGCCAUUUCUUCUUCUUCUUCUUGCUCUCUGGAUCUCUGUCACUAUGGUUUCUAUGGCGAUGUUGAUCCAAAUCCAUGACAGGGAAAUUAACCCAAGCAUGAACUUGUUUCAAGGAAUAAGUAAGAAAUGUUUUCAUGCAUCCAUAGUAACAUGACGUCAGAAUCAAACAUGUUUUAGAGACACAUGUUCACUGAAGUGUUUUAAUUUCUCGGUUGAGGUAUUUGUACCUAGAAUGCUGUUUACAAGCACAUUGUUUGAAUAAAAUCAUUUGAAUCGCAAUUAUGAGGUAUUUUGGAGUUAUAAUAAGUUUUAUGACUGAAUUUUAAAUUGUGAAUGACUAUCAUAUCUGUCAUUAUGAACACGUGGGAGUUAAUUGGUGAAUUGAUCACAGGGUAGAGACGGUUCAUAUGUAAGCAAAUAAUAUUGGCACGUGUAAGCCGUUCGAGAAAAGGGUGUCUCAAUUUCCGAUACCAGAUGCUAUCACUGCCUUGUACUAAUAAUAGAACGGAGAUACUCCUUGUACGUGAUGUCUUAACUGCCUAAUGCAAGCAGGACUAAAUAUACGCUCUCUGCUCUGUGUGCCAGCAGUGGGAUGGGAGAUAUAUACUCUUUUAAAGCACCAGGUGUUUUAACUGCCUAUUGCAAUCAGGAGUGGAUAUACAUACCCUGCUUUGUGUGCCAGAAGUGGGAUGGGAGAUAUAUACUCUUUUAAAGCACCAGGUGUCUUCACUGCCUAUUGCAAUCAGGAGUGGAUAUACAAACUCUGCUUUGUGUGCCAGCAGUUAGAUGGGAGAUAUAUACUCUUUUGAAGCACCUGGUGUCUUCACUGCCAAAUGCAAUCAGGAGUGGAUAUACAAACUCUGCUUUGUGUGCCAGCAGUUAGAUGGGAGAUGUAUACUCUUUUAAAGCACCAGGUGUCUUCACUGCCUAUUGCAAUCAGGAGUGGAUAUACAUACUCUGCUUUGUGUGCCAGCAGUGGGAUGAGAGAUAUAUACUCUUUUUAAGCACCUGGUGUCUUGCAAUCAGGAGUGGAUAUACAUACUCUGCUUUGUGUGCCAGCAGUUAGAUGGGAGAUAUAUACUCUUUUAAAGUACCAGGUGUCUUCACUGCCUAUUGCAAUCAGGAGUGGAUAUACAUACUCUGCUUUGUGUGCCAGCAGUGGUAUGAGAGACAUAUACUCUUUUAAAGCACCAAGUGUCUUCACUGCCAAAUGCAAUCAGGAGUAGAUAUACAUACCCUGCUUUGUGUGCCAGCAGUUGGAUAGGAGAUAUAUACUCUUUUAAAGCACCAGGUGUCUUCACUGCCUAUUGCAAUCAGGAGUGGAUAUACAUACUCUGCUUUGUGUGCCAGCAGUGGUAUGAGAGAUAUAUACUAUUUUAAAGCACCUGGUGUCUUCACUGCCAAAUACAAUCAGGAGUAGACAUACAUACCAUGCUUUGUGUGCCAGUAGUUGGAUAGGAGAUAUAUACUCUUUUAAAGCACCAGGUGUCUUCACUGCCUAUUGCAAUCAGGAGUGGAUAUACAUACUCUGCUUUGUGUGCCAGCAGUGGGAUGAGAGAUAUAUACUCUUUUAAAGCACCAGGUGUCUUCACUGCCUAUUGCAAUCAGGAGUGGAUAUACAUACCCUGCUUUGUGUGCCAGCAGUUGGAUAGGAGAUAUAUACUCUUUUAAAGCACCAGGUGUCUUCACUGCCUAUUUCAAUCAGGAGUGGAUAUACACACUCUGCUUUGUGUGCCAGCAGUGGGAUGAGAGAUAUAUACUCUUUUUAAGCACCUGGUGUCUUGCAAUCAGGAGUGGAUAUACAUACUCUGCUUUGUGUGCCAGCAGUGGUAUGAGAGAUAUAUACUCUUUUAAAGCACCUGGUGUCUUCACUGCCAAAUGCAAUCAGGAGUAGAUAUACGAUCUCUGCUUUGUGUGCCAGCAGUUGGAUAGGAGAUAUAUACUCUUUUAAAGCACCAGGUGUCUUCACUGCCUAUUGCAAUCAGGAGUGGAUAUACAUACUUUGCUUUGUGUGCCAGCAGUGGGAUGAGAGAUAUAUACUCUUUUAAAGCACCUGGUGUCUUCACUGCCUAUUGCAAUCAGGAGUGGAUAUACAUACCCUGCUUUGUGUGCCAUCAGUUGGAUAGGAGAUAUAUACUCUUUUAAAGCACCUGGUGUCUUCACUGCCUAAUGCAAUCAGGACUAAAUAUACAUACAUACAUAUGCUUUUCUCUUUCUUAAGAGAGAGAGAGAGAGAGAGAGAGAGAGAGAGAGAGAGAGAGAGAGAGAGAGAGAGUUGCGACAUUUAGAGUUCCUACAUGUCUGAAUACAUUUCUAUAUGUAAAAUAAUCUUGCUGAGUUUCAUAGAAUGCUUUAAAGAAACUUGCAAACUUCAGAAUAAUUCUAACAAUUGUCAAUUAGUCGCCAUCAAAAACAAAUAUGAUACUCUGCUAACGUCAAAAUACCAUGCACUUAGUCUUGAGUGGAGUGGCACAUAGUCUCAAAGUUCUGCUCUGUUCGUUCUAGCCCUUUCGCCCCGACUGCCCGAAAAAUCGGGCAGCAUAAACCGUGUCCCAGUACCCGGCUGCCCGAAAAAUCGGGCGGCUACUGUCCAAGCCCCACACACGGCUGCCCGAUAAAUCGGGCGGCACGACCGUGUUUACAAAAUCGCUCUUUCUACUUCCUUUCUCGUGUGUAAUCUCGUUCUAAAUAUGGAAACGAGAUCUACACGUAAUGACACGUCAUUCGAUGGAAUUUCCGAGUCUUUUUGGCGCGAAAAUCGCGAAUGUCACCUGUUUUCGCGACAGGUAUUUUUCUCACUUGAAUCGUAAAUCUAGCGUAAUGGCGGCCAACUACGAUUCGGAUAGCGAUCAGAUGACUAACAACGACUCUAUCGGGAAUAAUAAUGUGUUUGAUUUGAAUAAUUUACGCGAAGGGGAGAGGGAAUUUCGCGAAUAUUUUCGUGAAGAUUUUGACGGUUUCGACGAGGUGUCCCCCCCCCCCCCCGCCAACUUUCAAGAAUGGGAGUGGCAGAGGGACCACAACGGUGGAGACAUGAGGGAUUUUGAAGAGGCGACCGGACUCAAGAAUAUAUAUUGACACGGUGAGUGAAGUAUCGUGCUAUUGAUUUUUUCCAACUGUUUUACAAUGAUUCUGUGUUUGAACAGAUUAUCAGUGCGACGAAUGAGAAUGCAGCCUACACGUGAACGAGCGAUCACAACAACAACAAAGAUCAAUCUGUGAUAUCUUCUCUGUGAUGUCAUUCUUAUAGUAGCUGUGGUUCAAUGUUCAGAUGUGCAUGAAGAGAAUUUACCUGUUAUACCUGGGAUUACCUGUGCCGUCCAAGAUGACAAGACCACUGUGUUAUGUUUACCUUGUAUCUGUGAUUUAUUUUUGUGAUUUUUAAUACAAUUUGAGCCAAAA